GAGAGAGCCCGGGGCCUGCCUCCACCCCUAGGGGUGCCGUAGGCUCCUGGGGUCCGAGUCUCCGCCCUGCCCCACCGCUUCUCACAAAACCCCUCCACCUCCCUGAGGAGCGCCCGUCUACCCACCUUCUGGUUCCCAGCCUUCGGGCCGCUCCUAUUUACCAUAGUGUUUAUUUAUCCUGGUUAUCGGUCAGAGUUUUUCUGACCUUCUCUACUCUGGAAUAGGGUCCAGAGGAGUCGUGAGGGAAAAUUAUUAGAAUAUAAAAUCCCAGGAGUCACGUAGUCCGGGUCUGCGUCCCAUGCUUGAAGGCCCCACAGAGCAGCCCAACAAACAGCACUUGGUUUUCUUCUUCAACCUCGCCACCUCCUGUGGUUGCUGUUUCCGCCUCUGGCUUACAUUGAACCCAACCAUGUGUAUUUCUCUUUAGCUUUGCUCCAUUGGCAUGGGAAUGCUGCCCCUGGAGGGCAUUGGACAGAACAGAGACAGUCCUGUUGCGUGAGGGGCAUGGGUCUGUGCUAAUGAGGCCAGCUCCUUCCAUGACCUGCUCAGAGCCCCGCGCCAGCCCCUCUGUCCUCUGUUGCUGGACAGUUGUUCCAUAUCCUCCUUCCCAGUGCCCCAGGUGUGAUAUUCCUUCCACCCAGGGAAGGGCAUUCCAAAAAUUCUUUUGCUGUGCCUUACUGCCCUGCUUGCUCCUGCCCUCACUCCUGCGACGGGUUCUUUGGGCUAAGGCGUAGCAUUUAAGUCUGGUCCUAUGAAGGCCGUCUUUCUGUUAUGCCAGGGUCUUGGGCAGUUUGCGUUGGCUCUAACUCUUAAAACAGAAUUGCAGAAAUUCCUCUCUUUAUUGAGCACCGCUAACACCUGCCCCCCAACCCUGGUUCUGUUUUGUGAAAUACUGUCUGCUUUGCUUAUCCACUGCAGUUAACUUUUGGAGUUAGCCAGAUUUCAUCUCUUUGACAUGGACUUCCACAUGGGGUGACCUUGUGUCCUAGGUUGCCAGAGACAGUUCUGGCUUAUACCAUUGUCCCAGCAUAAUCACUUUCAAAAGAUUCAUGGUUUGUAUGAUCAAGCUUGUCUCUGUCUCUAAGUUAGAUACACUUAUAUUUGUAGGUAAGAGAGUGGCAUGUGGCAGCCCACGUGAGACUUGCACUUGGGCCCAUAGAUGUCAGAGCCACAGACUAGGAAAUGAGAAUUCCUCCAGGUCAGUGCUCAUAGGCCUCAUGUAGGUAGAGAGCUUUGGGUGGCUUUGCCCUUAGAGGGCAGGGGUUCCCUUCCCACCCUGGCACAGAAAGUCCAAACUAAUACUGAGGGCUAUGUCUUGUCAAAUUCAUCCCCAGAGUUACUCUGGGGCUUCGAAGCCAGUGCCCCUAAAUUCACUGUCAUGAUCCAGAGGAAGGUGUUCAGAGUUCAAGCCCAGCUCCUUGACAUGGCAUCUGGCUCCUGGGAAAGUAACCGAUGUGGAAGUGUGACCAGAGUUAGGCCUAAGGUGCCCUGGGCUUCCCCAGGAACCAGAGAACUCAGUCCAUGCAGGGCCAGUUAGUUUUAAAGACUGCAUGUCAGCACUUGUAACUGUCAUAGGAUUAGGCUAAGAGGGAGAACACUGGUUAUCCACUAGGAUGACCAACCAUCUUAGUUUGCCUGGGAUUGAGGGGUUUCCUAGGACAUGGGACUUGCAGUUUUAAGACCAGAAAACUCCUGGGCGAACUGGGAUAAGUUGGUCACCCUCUUCUCAACCCUGGCUGCAUGUUAGACUCUCUUGAGGAGGCUCUUAUUUAGAGUCUAAUUUAAUUGAUUCAGGUAGUUGUUUUUUUUUUUUUUUUUAACGCUCUCAAGUUGAUGCCAACAGGCUACCAGAGUUGAGAACUACUAGGCUGUAGACAGUGUUUCCAAUAACCAUUGAAGGUGUUUGGUUUUUGAGCAGAAGUGGUUCCAGACAUCCCUGACAGGGGUGUAUAACUCUGUGUGUUGGCCUUUUACCUUAGCAAGAGAGGUAUCAAGCUGGUAGUUGCCUACUAUUGCUAUUAUCUGUCCCCACCCCCAGGCCGCCUUUCUCACUGGUGAGGACCAAGCUUUCUCUUUUCCAGGCAUGCUCCGAUACCUUCUCCCUCAAGACAGGAGGUCAGUGGAAUAGCCUCAUUUUGAUUGAUGGAAUCAUGAUUUACACGGUUGCAGAUGAAGCUGGCAUGAGACUUGAGACAGGACUGCCAUCUCUAGGUCUGGGACAUAUGCCCCAGAGAGUGGUGGUCCAGAGGCUAGCUGUGAGACUGUGUGUGCUUUGGCUUUGCCCCAUGGGGUGUGGGAGCUUGGAGACCAGGUGCCUCUGGGACUGUCCUCUCUGCAGGCCUCCAGGAUCAUGUGGUACGUCAGCACCAGGGGCAUAGCCCCACGGGUCAACUUUGAGGGGGCCCUCUUCUCUGGCUAUGCACCCGAUGGAGGCCUCUUUAUGCCGGAAGAGCUCCCACAGUUGGACAGAGAGACCCUGUGCCAGUGGAGCACACUCUCCUAUCCUGGCCUGGUGAAGGAGCUGUGUGCCCUCUUCAUCGGCUCUGAGCUCAUUCCAAAAGAUGACUUAAAUGAUCUGAUCGACCGAGCCUUCAGCAGAUUCCGUCACAGAGAGGUGGUCCAUCUGUCCAGGUUGAGGAACGGGCUGAACGUGUUGGAGCUGUGGCAUGGUGUCACAUAUGCAUUUAAGGACCUGUCCCUGUCCUGCACAGCACAGUUCCUGCAGUACUUCCUGGAGAAGAGGGAGAAGCACGUCACUGUGGUUGUAGGAACGUCUGGGGACACAGGAAGUGCUGCCAUUGAGAGUGUUCAAGGGGCAAAGAACGUGGACAUUAUCGUUCUACUGCCCAAAGGUCACUGCACAAAGAUUCAGGAGCUCCAGAUGACAACGGUGCUGAAGGAGAACGUACAUGUGUUUGGAGUGGAGGGAAACAGCGAUGAGCUCGAUGAGCCGAUCAAGACUGUGUUUGCCGACGUGGCUUUUGUCAAGAAGCACAAUCUGAUGAGCCUGAAUUCGAUCAACUGGUCCCGGGUCCUGGUGCAGAUGGCCCACCACUUCUUUGCUUACUUCCAGUGUACGCCAUCCUUGGACACGCAUCCCCUACCCCUGGUGGAGGUGGUUGUGCCAACAGGGGCUGCCGGUAACCUUGCAGCUGGGUACAUUGCUCAGAAGAUAGGCCUGCCCAUCCGUCUGGUCGUGGUAGUGAACCGCAAUGACAUCAUCCACAGGACUGUCCAGCAGGGAGACUUCUCUCUGUCUGAGGCUGUUAAAUCAACCUUGGCAUCAGCUAUGGACAUUCAGGUGCCCUACAACAUGGAGAGGGUAUUCUGGCUACUCUCUGGCUGUGACAGCCAGGUGACAAGAGCCCUCAUGGAGCAGUUUGAAAGGACCCAAAGUGUGAAUCUGCCCAAGGAACUGCACAGCAAGCGGUGGGAGAGACAGGACUACGAACAAAUGGCUGUAAUGGAGUGUGAUGGGUGCUGUGUGGAACUGUGCCCUGGAAACUGUGGGCCCAGAAGAGGGAACGUGACAGGUAUCCCAAGGACAGUCAGGGGCAGAGGAGGUGGCUGA